GCACAUCCACCAAUUGACCCAAUGCCCGGUUCCUCGACGUUCAAACAACCCGCUUCGCGUAUGUGACAUGAUCGUCUUCAGGAUCGGUUCUCAAGAUGACGGCAAGAAACAACUCCAUCCCGCCCCUGGCCGGGCAUGCGACCACUGCAGAUACCGGAAGAUGAAAUGCGACAGACGAGAGCCGUGCCGUCCCUGCCGGGACACACAAUCACCCUGCACGUAUGUCUUUAUGCCAAAGCGCAAAGGUCGACCGCCUCGAAAGGAUCGACAGCACAGCAAGACGAAGCACCAGCAGGCUAAACUACGGGACCAGCCAUCAUUAGCUUCAGCAUGUUCAUCAUCACCCAGAAAUGGACUACACAACCCUCCAGACUCCGGCUCGAAGGUGGCAAUCACCUCUCCUCCGAACGAACUGCCAGUCCUAAGACACUGGAAUCGUGCUGGCACUCUGUUUGAAAACAGCCUCGAAGCCUCCACCUUGACAGCAUCAGCGGAAAGCAUGCCACAAGCCGGGGGUGGCCCAUUCCCUAUUCCGUCCAACUCAUUGGAAAGCCACCAACCUGGUCUGGAGGCACAACCCCAGGAAGUGAACAUCGCAACCGCAUAUCCCGUCUCAGAAUACGCCCAUUGGACAAGGGUGUUUCUUCUACGACUGUAUCCGGUCUUUCCCAUCAUGGACCCAGGCUGCUUGCUCAGCAAACUAGCGCUGCCGCAGGGGCUGGUGUCACCGAGCCUUGGCAGGUUCUUUGCCGCCAUGUCCGCUGCUGUCAUUGUUCAGUUGAAUCUCACAGACCCGAACGUGACCGGCUCGACGUCGCUCAGACUUCUGGACAGGUCUUACAUCGAAGAUGCGGAUGAGUGGACAAUUAUGGAGUCAUUUUUCAUAUUCUCCUACUAUGGGAAUUGCAACACGAGUAAGCAAGCGUGGUACCACUUGAGAGAGGCGAUCAGUUUCGCUCUAGCGUUGGGCCUGAACCGAGAGGAGUCUUACAGCGAUCCGAGCUUGGAAGUCAAUGAACGGAGGAGGCGCCUUUACUGGGCAUACUGCCUUCAGCACCGAACAACGCCCAUAUUAAGAGCAUCCAUCGCCUUGCCUAGGAUAUAUGAUGGCGCGGAUGAGCCAACGCUGUCCGGCUUUGUCAAGUUGGCAAGGCUGUUCAACACCAUAGACACUGAUUUUGUAUGCUCCUGGAGCGAAGGUUAUCUCAAAGGAAGUAACGACUCAGUGGCUAGACUGUUAGAUCCGGAUCAAUUCUCCACCAUGUCUCUGGCGUCUAUCAUUGAUGAGACCCAGAGGGUCGACGUGGCGGUCACACAAUGUUGGCUCCGAACUCUCGUUUGCCAGCUUCAAAUCCGUUCCAACGAGUCGCAUGGCCGGGGGACGGCCACUUCGGUACGUGCUGCGGCGCGUGACUUGCUUAAUUGCUUCAGCGCUGCCAGACUGGAGAUCUUAGGAUCUCACGGUAUUGGCAUGGAACAAAAAAUAUCGGAUAUUGCAGGUUUUCUCUGUGACUUAUUGCCCAGGCAACCACCAGAACAACUGAUUGGGGAUAUGGAUUCUAUCCCUAAUCUUCUGCACAGCUUCAUGUGUCUGCUAGCCAACUUCCGAAACCAGGAGUCUUGCUACCUAGGUCCAUUAGCCGAGAGAGCCACGGCGUUGCUGAUGCAAAGAGGGAUAGGCAGAGCCAUUGAGUCGUGUGACGAAGUAGAGCAAGAAGGGUAUGGCAGUGAUGACGAGGUGCCAGACGGGGUCUGGCAGAACGUCCCAUAAGGGGCUUACUAUCGAAUGCAAUGCGAUUCAUCAAGCU